AUGCAUUCUCUCGUUCCAACCCUACUUGCAACGGCUGCGUUGGCAGGCUUUGCCGUAGCAGCACCAAAGGAAGGGCAAUUAACGGCCAUGGUAUGGCGCUCGCCACCUAUAACAUGUCAAGGAUGUCCUGAGGCAGUGGGAAGACUACUGAGUGCAUCAUCACAAAAGUUCAAUGUCAUAUACGUAGGUCCCAAUGAGAAGGUCAAAGUUACACCAAAGACCUUGAGCGAAGUGGAUCUGUUUGCCUAUGGAGGCGGCCCAGACGUAGCAAAAGCCUGGAAUGAACUAAAAGAUGUCGGCAGCGCAAUAAAAGACUUUGUCGCCAACGGCGGCCAUUACCUAGGAAUCUGCCUAGGAGCCUACCUCGCCGACAAUAAGCCCGGUCUGGGUAUGCUCCCCGACGGUGUAGAAGUCAAGUCGGAAAAGGACCAACCCGGGGCACAAGUCACGGACGACAGAGACACCGUCAUCCAAGUAAACUGGACCUUUCAAUUCGACUCAAAAAACAGCAAACAGGGCCAAACCAUCUCAGAUCGCUGGGUAUACUUCCAAGAAGGCGCAUCCUUCGCCGGCCUGUCAAACGUCACAAACAGCAACCAAACGAUCAUUGUAUCACGGUACUCCAAAACCGGCAACGUAGCCGCCACAUUGAUGCCCUAUCGUAAAGGAUGGGUCGCCCUAUCUGGUAUACAUCCGGAAGCGUCCAAGUCAUGGUAUGAGUCUGCCAAGGUCAAAAACCCAGACGGCAUCAAAUUCGACAUUGCUUUCGACCUUGUAAAUGCUGCAGUGGGCGACUCCAAAGGAACGCCUGGGAAGGACCCCGACGACAGCAUGGGCACAAGACUGGCCCAACGGCCACUGGGUUUGUUGGUCACCGUGGUAGUUGCAUACUUGUUAAUAUGA